AUGGGAGAAAGAAAGAGAAAGAGCGUCUCUGUAAAAUCUCAGAAGGAUUCCGAUAGUUUGUCCAAUGAUGAUGGUUCACCGGAAUAUGGAGAUGGAAAAAGAAGGAGAAAGAGCGUCUCUCAUAAACAGAAACCAGUAGUGAAAGAGGAAGGCCUGCUACUGGAUUCCAAUGGAAAAUCAUUAUUAGAGGACGAAGUCGAUGGUCAUGAGGGCUCUGAUGGUGAGGAAGAUGGGAGUGACGAGCAAGGUGAAGCCGCCGAAGAGAGCGAUUCUUCAGAAGAUGAGGUUGCUCCGAGAAAUACAGUUGGUGAUGUUCCCUCUAAAUGGUAUGAGGAUGAGAAACAUAUUGGUUAUGACAUCACUGGGAAGAUGAUUAUCAAGAAACAAAGACAAGACAUACUUUCCUCUUUUCUUGAUACUAUGGAUGACUCCCAGAAUUGGUCCAAAAUUUUUGAUGAAUAUAAUGACGAGCAAGUGGAGCUGACUAAAGAGGAGAGGAAGCUCAUUCGUAGACUGCUCAAAAGGAAAGCGCCACAUGCUGACUUUGAUCCAUAUCCGGCUUAUGUCGAUUGGUUCAAAUGGGCUGAUCCAAUACACCCACUCUCAAGUGCACCAGAAACCAAGCGAAGGUUCAUCCCUUCAAAAUGGGAGGCCAAAAAGGUCGUUAAGUAUGUUAGAGCAAUCAGGAAGGGGUUGAUCAAGUUUGAUAAGCCUGAAGAAGAGCUCAAUGUGUACCUUUUAUGGAGUGAUGAUUCAAAGAAGAACAAACACUUAACUUAUAUUCCUCCACCCAAACUAAAGUUGCCAGGACACGAGGAAUCAUACAAUCCAUCUUUGGAAUACAUUCCAACCGAGGAAGAGAAAGCCUCUUAUGAAUUGAUGUUUGAGGAAGAUCGUCCAAAAUUCAUUCCUACAAGGUUUACAUCUCUGAGAAGCAUCCCAGCAUAUGAGAAUGCUCUAAAAGAGUCUUUUGACCGUUGUUUGGAUCUAUACCUAUGUCCAAGAGUUCGAAAGAAGAGAAUAAACAUUGAUCCUGAAUCUUUGAAGCCUAAGCUACCUAGUAGGAAAGAUCUUAGACCUUAUCCAAACUCAUGUUAUCUUGAAUAUAAAGGCCAUACAGGAACUGUUACUACCAUAUCCACUGAUUGCUCUGGCCAGUGGAUAGCCUCAGGUUCAAGUGAUGGAUCUGUUCGUAUAUGGGAAGUGGAAACUGGUAGAUGCCUUCAUAUCUGGCAGUUUGAUGAAGCUAUUAAGUGUGUGGCUUGGAAUCCUCUUCCCGACUUUUCCAUUUUAGCUGUUGCAAUGGGACCAGAUUUAGUUAUCCUCAACACUGAACUUGGUACUGAUGAGGAACAGCAAAAAAUUAAAGAGCUGCUUCACUUAGGAAAUCUUCCAGAACCAAAAGCAUCUGUUGCAGCAAUUGCAAGUGAUGGCAUCGGGAGAAACUCGAGCCGUUCAUACUUGUUCAUCGCGACAAGAAAGAAGGUGCGUGUUUUCAACCUGUUGAAGGCAGAGGAGCGAGCCAAAAAGCUAGAGACUGGAAUGAGAGAAAUCUCAUCAAUGGCGAUUCAUCCUGGUGGUGAUAAUCUGAUAGUCGGAAGCAAAGAAGGGAAGAUGUGUUGGUUUGACAUGGAUCUGUCUUCGAAACCAUACAAGACUCUCAAGAAUCAUCCCAAGGACAUCACGAACGUCGCGUUUCACCGUUGGUAUCCGUUGUUUGCUUCGUCCUCGGAGGACUCAACAGGUUAUGUGUUCCAUGGAAAGGUGUAUAAUGAUUUGAACGAGAAUCCUCUGAUUGUACCGUUGGAGAUUCUAAGAGGCCAUUCUACUUGUUCAAAUGGGGGAGGAGUCUUGGACUGCAAGUUUCAUCCGACACAACCAUGGCUAUUCACUGCAGGCGCUGACUCCGUUAUCAAACUCUAUUGCCAUUAA